AAAGCCCGGACGUUUGUGAAAACAUUUCAGCAGUCAUGGAUUCCAGAUGUAUGGAAAUAGCAGCCCUGGGAAGACCUCUGUAUCCCGGCAUGCUGUACGAUUGCCGCAGGGAUUCCUUCAUUCCAGGAGUUACUUUAUGGGAUAAAAAGGCAUUGCUUGAUGAUAUUGAUGUGCGUCAGCAGCCUAGAACACAUUUAAAGUUUGCUGCAUCUGAUACUCUCAGUGAUAAAGCGAACCUCCUAGAUAUAAGUGGUUCACUUAAAGCGAGUUUUUUAAGUGGGUUGGUGGAGGUUGGAGGAUCAGCAAAGUACCUGCAUGAUAACAAAUCCUCAGCACGUCAAUCCAGAGUUACCAUGCAGUACAGCCAGAUAACACGUUUUGAACAGCUCACUAUGAAGGAACUUGGCUAUAUCACCUAUCCACAAGUAUUUGAGCAGAAAACAGCCACUCAUGUAGUUACAGCUGUAUUGUAUGGAGCUCACGCUUUUAUGGUGUUUGAUCAUACAAGUGCAGAAAAUGAGAACAAACAGAAUGUUGAAGGAAACCUUUAUGCAGCAGUCAAGAAGAUUCCUACUAUUUCCAUAGAGGGGGAAGCAUGCCUACAGAUGACUGAAGAAGAAAAGAAAUUGGCUGAGAAUGUCAGCGUCACAUUUUAUGGUGACUUUGAACUUGAAGAAAAUCCAACCACAUACAAGGAUGCAUUAGGCGUGUACAAGAAGUUGCCAGUUCUGAUGAAUAAACAACAAAAUAAAGGUGUACCACUGACUGUGUGGCUGUUUCCUCUCAAAUGUUUGGAUAGUAAUGCUGCAAAGUUGGUGAGAGAAAUCAGCAUGAGUCUGGUGCGUAAAACAGAAAAAGUGCUGGAAGAGAUGGGAGAAGUAGAAAGAAGAUGCAAUGAUUUGAUCAAAAACCAAAUGACAGAUAAUUUUCCUGAUGUAAAAGCCAGACUGGUAAAGUUUCAGGAUGUUCAUAUUGGUUAUAAGAUAGCAUUCCAGAAGGCACUGGUCACUGCUUUGCCAGAUAUUCGGGGUGGGACACAGGAGGACAAGGCACUGGGGGACAUACUGAGCAUCCACAACACAUCACCUUUUACAGCAGACAAAAUGAAUCAAUGGUUAGAUUACAUGAUGAGUGAAUUGAGUAUACUGAGUUCCAGUGUGCUGAAGGACCUCACAGUUGUGACAUCAUUGGAUGUGGUGGUAUGUUUGGCUUUUACAUCUCUAAAGUAUGAAGACUCCUACCUGGCAGCUACAGAAGACUUUCUGAAUCAUGGAGGGUUUACAAAACCUGAGCAAACAAAAAAGUUCUCUCUCCAAGAUGCACAGUUUUGGUUCAGUUCUCCUGACAUUUCCAAGCGCAUGAGGCAGAAUCUUUCUCUCUUUACUGCAUUUUCAAAGGCCAAUAAAAAUGACAACAAACUCAAAUUCAUCAUUGCCUCCAUAUCUGACUCCAACAAUCCAGGAAUCUCCAUCCGACUUUAUCAGGAGGGCAGUCUAACAGAUCCUAAUUUCCAGCCUGUAUCCAAACCACCCAAACCUGUGCUGGAGACCAGUGAUGAAAAAGUCACUCUGAAGUUUUCAAAAUCCCCAACAGGAGAGACGGUACGGUUUAGAGUUGAGUACAGGACGACACCGCCAACUGAUUCAGCAACUGAUGUUGACACAUGGAAAGUCACAGACACUUCAGAUGCACAGACCAGCUUCACACUGACUGAACUAAAGCCAGGAGAACAAUACUGGGUCCGAUACAGAGCUGUUAGUGAUGUGGGAGUGAGUGAAGCCAGCGACUCUGUCCCCUUUACCUUUAAGAAGAAGCGCAACACACUCACAGUGGGCCAGUCAUGGGUAUAA